GUUUUGAUUGCCUCGUGUCAAGUGAACGCGGCCAAACAUGCUGCGCUGUCGUAGUCCGCUGCCACCAUCUCCAUACACUAAUCUACCAACAAAACAUGAGUGAAACGCCGCCGAAACCAAAGCCAGGCUCGCUGCGCGACAGGAUCGCCGCGUUCGAGAAUGCUAACAAGAGUGCAGCUCCUGCCCCCGCCGGGCCUGCACCUCGCCCAAAGCCCUCGACCCUCCAAUCAUGGAAACCAAAGGUACCUUCACCACCUCAGUCACCAGAAUCUGAGCGUAAGACUGCGGGGAUGUCUGCAUCAGACGCGAUGGAGAGCAUCGGCAGAGGCGGAAGUCUCAAAGAGCGCAUGGCUGCUCUCCAAGGAAAGACAAACCAAGGAUGGAAACCACCGCCGCCCGUAUUGACUCCUGCAGAUGAGGCUGUCUCUCAAGAUGGGGCGAUUGAUCCUCAAGGGUCUUCUCCCCCUGCUACGGGUGAUCCUGAUUCUGAUCCUACCGACUUAAAAGGCGAACACGAGGCCCAGCAAGAUGCCGCUGAGAUUGAACAAGAUCCGGAGGAAGAGGAGAGGCAGCGCCGUGCCGCGAUCGCUGCUCGCAUGGCUCGUCUUGGUGGUGCACGUGUUGGCAUGGGCCCGCCUCUGUUUGCCAAGCCAUCUCCCAAGAAACCAGCGACCCCUCCACCUCAGCCUAAGCAGGAUGAGGAGGCAACCUUACCAGACUCAGAGGUGACUUCACCUCCUGCGGAAACUAUAAGCCCUCCCGCUGACGUUAGGGAAGAGGUGCAGACUGAUCCAGGUCACUUCCCUGCCCCUACACACAAAGACUCCGACUCUUCCUCGCUCUCCCUCGCAGAUUCCUCAUCUAAUGCAUCAACUACCCGCUCGAUGCCAGUACCCGCCGGUCCACGUCGCGCAGCUCCCCCGCGCAAGAAAGCCUACAAGUCUCCUCCCGUGUCUCAGCUCUCAGAGGUCCCUGUAGUUCAUGUGGCACCAGAUGUUUCUGAAGAGGCCCCAGACGCUGAACCCGCAGAAGAACCCGCAGCUAGUAUUGAACUGGAACCUGAACUUGAACCAGAGGCCAGACCGUCUGUUGCAACGGUGACGUCACAAGAAGUAGUCCAAAGUCCAGAACAUGUCCCGGUCACAUCCGCAGAGCAGAUUCUCGCCGUCAGCGACGUACAGAAAGAGAUUGGUGAAGUAGGCGUGAGUAUCGAGCUUGAUACAGCCGAGGUAGACCCCACCGACAAGCUCGAGGAGGAAAAUUACCGUGUCGAUGCCGAUGAACCUGCGCCUGAGCAACAAGACCGGGAGAAGGAAGAGCAGGAACAGGAACAGGAACAGGAAGAGCAGGAACAGGAAGGGCGUGAGCAGGAACAGGAAGAAGAAGAAGCGCGUAGGCAACGUGUGGCUGCUAAGCUUGCCCAGAUGGGUGCAUUUAAUCCAUUUGCGGGACCUCCGCCUGUACUCCACCAGGAUUCCAUAUCAUCACCUACUGCUAGACGUGAUUCAAUCACUGUCCAGCCUGUUUCUGUAGAAGAACCUCUCGAUAUCGGUGAAGCAACUCCCUCUCCCCCUGCCCACAGUCCGCCCCGGUCUCACGUCGAGGAGGAACUAGAACAAGCCAAAGAAGUAAGAGAAGUAGACGAGCCCGCUUCCUGUGCUGCCGAGUUCGACCAUGGAUCUCAGCCUGACUUGGGGGCAACUCACCGCAUGGUUCGGGAUCGGCUUUUGAAUGAGCCUGGAACUUGGGAGCCUGCAUCACAGCCAUACACUCUAGAUACUCCUCUACGAGAAUACGAGCCCAGCCAGGGUGAUCCAAAUCAACCAGGACACAAUCUCCUUGCACCGGAUUUAACCCCAGACCAACACCAGGACGACGACGACGAGAUGGCCCCUGCACGUAUCACACGUCCAAUCCCGCCCCCACCUGUCAAUUUAGUAUCGAAGCCUUCGAUUACACCAUCAUCAUCACCACCACCACCACCACCCAAACCGUUGUAUGCGCUCCAGGCUGAUGAGGAAAGGCCCGAGUCGCCUGCACCGCGACCUGUGCCUCCCCCUGUGAAGAGUGGUACGUGAUCAUUGUACGUGUGUGAAGUUCCACUGGCGCUGAUCUUAUGGUUUGUCAGCGAAAGCGGCUGAGGGGCCACCUGCCCCACCCCCUCGCGUCGCUCGGCGUGCGAGUGCACGUGUCAGGUCCGCGGAUUUGGAGGAGCCAGCUUCCCCACCUCCCCCACCUCCCCGAAUUGCUCGGCGUACGAGUGCAAGCGUCAGGUCUGCGGAUUUGGA